AGUGUUAUAAUAGUAGAAGAAGGAAAUGGGAACCAAUCAAAUGGUUAGCGAAAAUGUACCAAAGAUUAUUGGGCUGUUGAUGUUACUAUCAAUUGCCUCAUUAGUAUCUGCUGCUGAUGAGUGCUCAGCUGUGACAACACUAGUCUCAACUUGCUCUACAUUUAUCACGUAUGGUUCACCAGAUCCUUUUCCAGGAUCACCAUGUUGUGAUGCCAUGAUGAGCUUGGACCUUAUUUCUAACUCUAUCGACAGUCGAAGAUAUGUUUGUAGAUGCCUGAUGAAUGUCAUUACCACCUAUAAUCCCAAUGGCACAGCUAUUGCUACCUUGCCGGGCUUUUGUGGAGUCUCUUUCGGCUUCACCGUUGAUCCAAAUACCGAUUGCAACUUCAUAGUUUGACUUGGGGUGAUAAGAAUGAAGAUCGAUCAAAGAUAUGGAAGGAAGACCAAAUAAGAAGCCUGUCUUCAGCUAGAGGGGGUUUCAGGUGAUCUUCAAUGAUGCAAAUAAGUGAUGCUUUUAGCAUUAAGUACCUAUGUCAAUCUUGUAUAAAUGGGGAACUUUAUCUUGUUAUAUAUAUGCAUUGCUUGCUUACUAAACACAGAUCCAUCAGGAUCUUAAAAA